AUGAGAAACCGCACCACGGUGACUGAAUUCAGCCUGCUGGGCAUCCCUGAGACAGAGGGCCUGGAGAAGGCUCUUCUCUGUCUCUUCUCCAUGCUGUAUGCAUGUGCCCUCCUGGGAAAUGGGCUCAUUCUCACUGCUGUCUUUUCCUCCCCACGGCUCCACACUCCCAUGUACUUUUUCUUGGGAAAUCUGUCCAUCUUCGACCUGGGUUUCUCUUCCACAACUGUUCCCAAGAUGUUGUCAUACCUCUCAGGGCAGAGUAGAGGGAUCUCUUUUCAGGGCUGUGUUGCCCAGCUCUUCUUCUACCAUUGUCUGGGCUGCACUGAGUGCUUUCUGUACACUGUGAUGGCCUAUGACCGCUUUGUUGCCAUAUGCUUCCCCUUGAGAUACACAGUCAUCAUGAACCACAAAGUGUGCUCUGUCUUAGCCACUGGAACCUGGAUGGGUGGCUGUGUGCAUGCUGUUAUCCUAACCUCCCUCACCUUUCAGUUGCCCUACUGUGGCCACAGUGAGGUAGACUAUUACUUCUGUGAUAUUCCUGCAGUGUUACCUCUAGCCUGUGAGGAUACGUCUCUAGCACAAAGGGUAGGUUUUACAAAUGUUGGUCUUUUGUCUCUCAUUUGCUUUUCUCUCAUCCUUGUUUCCUACAUUCACAUUGGGAUCUCCAUUUCAAAAAUACGCUCCACAGAAGGCAGGCAGCGGGCAUUCUCCACCUGCAGUGCCCAUAUCACAGCCAUUGCUUGUGCUUAUGGGCCAGUCAUCAUCAUCUAUCUACAGCCUAGUCCCAGUCCAUUACUAGGUGCAAUUGUUCAGAUCUUGAACAAUCUUGUAACCCCCACGGUGAAUCCACUAAUCUAUAGCCUGAGGAAUAAGGAUGUAAAAUCAGCCCUAAGAAACAUAUUUCACAGGGGAAAUCUUACUCUGGAGACUAAAUGA